UCAAAGCUAUAAUAGUUUCUUUUUUUGAGUUGUCCCUCUCUUUGCGUUUCUUUUUCUUCUGAAAACUUUACUUGAUAAUUAUUGAGCUGAGCUUUGAAGGCGUGAUUUUUUAUUGUACUGAAAUCUUUGCUACAGUGGAAAAACUCUAUUUGAGCUGUGCUUUGGGUGUGAAUCUGUUCUCUUUUUUGUGCUACUUUAUUCUAUGUUUUUGUUUAUCUAUAGGGUACAUAUCUUGUUUCCCACCAACAGCUGCUGAUUCCUUGCAGACCCUUCCUGAUUUGAUUUUGUUGGCACCCAUAAGAGAAUAUGGUUCUAUCUUAGUUAGUGUGGUGGGAAGUAGAUUCUUUCUUCAUAUGGUAGAUUAGAGAGAGAGAGAGAAAAAGGAAAGAUCUUGGUUUGGUGUAAUAAGGUGAAAUGGUGUCCAGAUCGUAUUCGAACCUAUUAGAGUUGGCCUCCGGGGAAACUCUAUCUCCGUCCUUUGGUCGGAUGAGCCGGCGGAUUCCACGUAUAGUGGCUGGGAUCAUGUCUGAUUUGGAUGAUGAUGCACCCGAGAGUGGGUGCUCUGAUCGAUCCUCGUCUUCUUCACAUAGAGACAGGAUCAUCAUUGUGGCUAACCAGCUGCCUAUAAGGGGGCAGAAGAAGACUGACAACGGAAAUGGUUGGACAUUCAGUUGGGAUGAGAACUCGCUUCUCCUCCAGUUGAAAGAUGGGUUGGGUGAUGAUGAGAUGGAGGUGAUAUAUGUUGGUUGUCUAAAAGAGGAGAUUCAUCCAAACGAACAAGAUGAGGUUUCACAGAUACUACUUGAAACUUUCAAAUGUGUCCCAACCUUCUUGCCUCCUGAUAUGUACACUAUGCACUACCAUGGGUUUUGUAAGCAGCAGCUAUGGCCUUUGUUCCACUAUAUGCUUCCCUUAUCACCUGAUCUUGGUGGUAGGUUCAACCGUCAUCUUUGGCAGGCCUAUGUUUCUGUGAACAAGAUUUUCGCUGAUAGGAUCAUGGAGGUUAUUAACCCUGAAGAUGAUUUUGUAUGGAUUCAUGAUUAUCAUCUCAUGAUACUGCCCACCUUCUUGAGGAAGAGGUUCAAUAGAGUAAAGCUUGGAUUUUUUCUGCAUAGCCCAUUCCCCUCAUCAGAGAUUUAUAAGACUUUGCCAAUCAGGGAAGAGAUCUUAAGGGGUCUCUUAAACUCUGAUUUGAUUGGCUUUCAUACAUUCGACUAUGCAAGGCAUUUCCUUUCCUGCUGCAGCCGGAUGUUAGGGCUAUCAUACGAGUCUAAACGAGGCUACAUAGGCAUUGAGUAUUACGGUCGGACUGUGAGUAUUAAAAUUCUUCCGGUUGGCAUACACAUGGGGCAGCUCCAGCGAGUCCUUAGUCUUCCGGAGACCGCUGUCAAAGUUGGAGAGCUCGUAAAACAAUUCAACGGCCAGGGAAGGACUAUGCUUUUGGGAGUUGAUGACAUGGACAUUUUUAAAGGCAUAAGUUUGAAGAUACUUGCUAUGGAGCAGUUACUUCUUCAACAUCCAGAGAAGCAAGGAAAGGUGGUUUUGGUGCAGAUAGCCAAUCCUGCUAGGGGUAAAGGGAAAGACGUGAAGGAAGUGCAGGAAGAGACUUACUCUACUGUGAAACGGGUUAAUGAAAGGUUUGGGAUGCCUGGGUACGAGCCUGUUAUCCUGAUUGAUCAGCUGCUGAAAUUUUAUGAACGUGUUGCUUACUAUGUGGUUGCAGAGUGUUGUUUGGUCACUGCAGUUAGGGAUGGAAUGAAUCUCAUACCUUAUGAGUACGUAAUAAGCCGUCAGGGAAAUGAGAACCUGGAAAAGUUUUUCAGACAAGAGGACUCGCCUGCUGCAAAGAAGAGCAUGCUAGUCUUAUCUGAGUUCAUUGGGUGUUCUCCAUCGUUAAGUGGAGCCAUCAGAGUAAACCCUUGGAAUAUUGAUGCAGUGGCAGAUGCCAUGGACACUGCCUUGGUAAUGUCUGAGCCUGAAAAACAGCUUAGGCAUGAUAAACACUACAAGUAUGUUAGCACACAUGAUGUGGGCUAUUGGGCUCGUAGUUUCUUGACUGAUUUAGAGAGAGCAUGCAAGGAUCACGCGAGACGUAGAUGUUGGGGCAUUGGGUUUGGCUUGAAGUUUCGGGUAGUUGCACUUGAUCCGAAUUUCAGGAAACUUGCAAUGGAUUACAUAGUUUCGGCGUAUAAGAAGACGACGAACCGCGCAAUCCUAUUGGAUUAUGAUGGCACUUUAAUGCCGUCAAAUACAAUUGACAAGAAACCGAGUGCUAAAACCCGUGAGAUUCUCAACAUGUUGAGUAGAGAUAAGAACAAUAUGGUUUUCAUCGUGAGUGCUAGAGGUCGAGACAAAAUGGAUGAAUGGUUUUCAUCGUGUGAAAAACUCGGAAUUGCUGCUGAGCAUGGCUAUUUCUUCAGGCAUGGUAAAUAGAGAAGAAGAUUGGGAAACUUGUGUGCCGUUGAUGGAAUGUGGCUGGAAACAAAUUGCGGAACCUGUAAUGCAGCUCUACACUGAAACCACAGAUGGAUCAGCAAUUGAAGACAGGGAAACUUCAAUGGUUUGGUGUUAUGAGGAUGCAGAUCCCGAUUUUGGAUCUUGUCAAGCUAAAGAACUUCUGGAUCACCUUGAGAGUGUUCUUGCCAAUGAACCUGUCACAGUUAAAAGUGGACAGAAUACUGUUGAGGUAAAGCCACAGCAACAACGAUGACAUUACCUCAGUGCGGCAAAGGCUCCCACCUAUUGUGGGGUAAAGGAGGUCGGAUGUACGCAGUCUUACCCCUGUACUAAAGCAAGCACAGAGAGACUGUUUCCCAAAUGACUCAUGAUGAAAAUCGCAUCGAAAAUUGCAUGGACUGACUGUUGCUUCAUAACAAAGAAGCGCGGAUGAGCCAUUUUGCUUUAUUCCACCAUAUUCCCAAGCCCAAAAAUAGGUGUUUUUAUUACUCAUAUCACUGAGAUAUGGCAGGGUGUAAGCAAAGGGCUUGUAGCGAAACGCCUACUUUCGCUGAUGCAAGAGAGAGGGAUGGCCCCAGAUUUUGUUCUGUGCAUUGGAGAUGACCAGUCAGAUGAAGAUAUGUUCGAGGUGAUCAUGAACUCGAUGUGUAGCCCAUCCAUGGCACCUUGCGCUGAAGUCUUUGCUUGUACUGUCGGAAAAAAGCCAAGCAAGGCCAAAUACUAUGUUGACGACACCGUUGAGAUUGUUAGAUUAAUGCGGGGGUUGGCUUCAGUUGCUGAACAACAACAACAAUUGGCCACAUCACUGUGACCCAUGCAUAUAGAAGCCAUGUUGUAUGGUUUCCCUAUGAGUUGUAAAUUACACCGCCGUGUUAAAGUUUGUAAAAGACAACAGUGAGCUAGGAAUGUCAAUUUCUGUUGUUUUGAGUAACAUGUCUGGUUUGUAUGUCAACAUAACUACAUGCGUUUGGGUUGCAGAUCUCUAGGGUUAUAAUAUGUUUAUUUGAUUUGGUGAUUUGCAUUGAGAUACCUCUAGCUUAAUCUCUUUAGUCUUGUGAAUAUCCAAUU